UUCAGAGAAGUUCCAUUUUUCAUACGUACCUGGCGCGCGCUCUACACAGUAAACAUCGGCGAUAUGAGCAGUCAAAGCUCCCGAAAUGAUUUUGCUGCAACUGUCAACGGCUCGGACGCUGCGGUCCCUGGUAGAGAUCGAAAGUCAGGUGGCGGUGUUCUAAAAAAGCUGAAAUCACGAAAAAAUCAGCCAGAUAGACGGCCUGUUACGGAGGAUGAACUACGGGCACUGGGGAAAGACAUUACUCCAGACGGUGUCCUCGGUCUUCGCUCUGUCACCCGUGACUACCUUUGCAAGCCAGAAGACAACAUUUACAACAUUGACUUCAUACGCUUCAAGAUUAGAGACCUGGAAACCAAUACAGUGCUCUUUGAGAUUGCCAAGCCUCCAAACUGUGACCUGUUGGAUGAAGACGGAGAUGAAAAUGGAGAUGUUGAUUCCAGUGCAGGGCGCUUUGUGCGUUAUCAGUUCACCCCAGCAUUCCUUAGGCUGCGCACUGUUGGAGCCACGGUGGAGUUCACGGUGGGAGAACGGCCGGUGCAAAACUUCCGGAUGAUCGAGAGGCACUAUUUCCAGGAUCGCCUGCUCAAGAAUUUCGACUUUGACUUUGGCUUCUGCAUCCCCAACAGCCGCAACACGUGCGAGCACAUCUACGAGUUCCCACAGCUCCCCGAAGACAUGAUCCGUCAGAUGGUUGAGCAUCCAUAUGAGACUAGGUCAGACAGCUUCUACUUUGUGGACAACAAACUCAUCAUGCACAACAAAGCGGAUUAUGCCUACAAUGGAGGUCAGUAGACUCCGGAGACUGGAUGGAGCAGAAAGCAGUUUGUCUGCGUGGAGUGGACAUUUGGGAGGACCUGCUCCAUACGCACACACACACACGCCACCUGCAACACAUGUAACCUCUCACCCACAUCCAGCUCAGAAUGGACUCAUGUCUCUCUCUUAUUCCUUGACGAGUCAUCUUAAGCGGACCUACCUUCUGCCUUUCAAAGAUUUAAAUCUUACUGGUUCUAUAGCAAGAAAACAAAAUCUGUCUUUAUUUAUGAUUCCUACAUAUGGAUGUUUGGUGCCGUUAGACACAAUUUAUAAUGCCUUUUUUUCUAAUGUUUUUGUUUGUUCUUGAGUGGGCCCAAGUCAGAUUAUGCCACAUUCCAACUUGAGUGAGUGUGUGCAUGUGUGUGGGAUCAGUCUGUAUUUGUGCUUUUACUCUUUGAGAUGAGGCUUUGCAUCUGUUAAGACUGCCAGCACAAUUCACUGGCUUUGCCAGGGAAAGAGCGUUGUAGACGAACCACCCGCUGUAGCAGUCAUAAGAGACAAGGAGAGAGUUGACACAGAGAUGUUGACACAGUGACGGUUGAUGGUUAACCCAUAGCAUUUUCAGUCCUCUAAGAAAAGAAUUCCCCCACAGGGUAACUUAUGGGUUAGUCUUUAUUCUGGUCUACUGCCUGAUCUCCAACUAUACUCUGAACUUAUGCAGACCAUCUGAUAGAACCAGAUAUUUUCUAGAAGAUAAAACAAGACACUACAUGUAAAACUUUAUGCUUAAUACACAUGCAAGAAUGGUUUUGUGUACGCCUUGAACUUUAAGGUGGGCCACUCCUUGAUGACUUAUGGACUCAGAUUUCUUCACUGGCUGUGAAGACAGCACUUAUAGGGCAGCCUUGGUGUCUCUGGUGCCAUGGAGAUCAGCCAUCGAGAUCAGCUGACGACCUCUCAAGGGUCUUGUCCUGAACUAACUUGAGUGAUAGCCCUCUCAGAGCCAGAUCCAGUGGUGCGGUGAGGUCUGAGGCUUAGGUUGUCAUGGCGCCAGCAUCCGUGAGGCCUUUCACUGUCAGAGGCAGCUGCAUGCUUAACGGAACCUUCAUUCCAGUGUCACCAGCAGAGAGGGAAGAGAAGUGGGCAAUAUGUGCUUCAGGUAGUUGCACCCAUGCCGGCUUAAGGACAAAUUUCAUUUAUCAGAAAGGUUUUGUUGUGCAGUUAUUGUUGUUAGAAAUUGCUGUUUAUGCGGCUAGUUUGCAUGAAUAUCAGGAACUCGGAACAAAAUUAUUCAGUUAACAGUCCUGCCAUACUCUCAUGUUUUGGCAUGGUUCGCAUCUUCUAGUGUUUUUUUGUUUUGCUUGAUUUAAUGAAACCUGACCACUUUGCAAAGCACCUGUAGCAAGCUUCAGCUAAACUGUGUGCCACAUUGGUUCCUACAUGCAGGUAUGCUGAGUACAGAAAUAAACUAAGUGUCCUUCGGAUCCACAGGGUGAAAGGUCUUAUUAUCAUUAGUAAAUAUUUUGUGAUACUUUCCUGUGUGUGUUGGAUUCCUGCUAGGGUUGAAGGUCUCCACCUCUUCUUUAUUUUUUUGUGUUUUUGUUUUUGUGAAUCAGCACCCUCGGAUUCAGUUAAUAUAUGAUUCCCACAUGUCAUUUUUAUGAGUGGAUCAGGUGUGCUCAAGACCGAGACUCAAACCCAGUAAUGUUGUGUGGAGGGCUCCCCUGCAUGUACUGUAGGAACAGACUAGGGUGAACAACCAACAUCAAAGUGGAGAAACGUUUGAUGGGUUCAUGAAGACCUUAGUUUGAAGUGGCACGCUAGUAUUUCCACAAAACUGGACCCAUCACACUUUACAGACAAUGAAUCUCUUGGAAGAAGAAGUGACUUGGAUUCACCACAAAAGCUUUGCGUUGUUAAUCCAGAUAUACUUGAUGCUGAUGAGAUGCAUGAGUGCAUACAGAUGAUGUUCACAGUUGAGAUGUUGAGAGAUCUGAUUCAGUUUGACCUGCAUUGAUGACAGUCUGUCACAUUGGAUGUCAGAGCAGGAUCGUGACCUGUGGAGAUGGGGUACAGCCGCCUUUCACAGUUUGGGGUUUAGAUAGCUACCCCUGGUCCAGAGUUGUAUUUACUUUCUUUUGUACUAUACUGUUACAUAUAGUCCUUAUAUGUUGCUGACAUGUUUCAGGAUACAAUAUGUUGAUUGAAUAAAAAGUCAUUAAUUUCAGGCAAACCUGACAUUGAGUUGUUCAAAGAUGGUCAUCCACAUUAAUUCUUAACUCAGCCUAUAUUUCUAAGUGUACAUAUUUUCCACGGAUGUUGGUUUGUGUGUUUGGACUAAAUUCUCUCUCCAACUCUGACUGCCUGAAUUCCAGGUACACUGAGGGGAAGUGUAUGUGUUUGCAGUGAUGCUGUGUGUAAGUGUUACAAGUCAGCUGCAAACUGUGUGUUUGGUCGACCAUCUCCUGUAAAAAUAUAUGUGUCUGUAUAAAAAAACAAAUAAUAACCCUGUUACACAUUUCUGCCUUUAUUGUGUGAUUGUAAAACUAAAAGGAUGGAGAAUGAUUGAUUGAUUGGUUACUUUAUUGAUUGAUUGGUUGAUUAAUGAUAAAUAAUGGUUGCCGAUGAAGGACAGAGUCCCCGUCAGGUGACCUGGUGCCUGUUGAUUCGUCACCAUUGCAUGUGAACUGGAACCCUAUAGCAUUUCAUGAUUUGUUUUUCUUAUUUUGUUAUUCACUUGUUAUUUCUGACUGAAAUAUUAUGUUUCUUUGCAACAACAAACUAGGCUACCGUUAUUAUUGUUACAUGUUUAUUUUGAUAAGCCUGUAUCAGGACAAUUGUCAUGUAAAUUGGUUGUGCUUUCUGUUCUCUGUUCUGUUCUGUGUUCUGUUCUGAGUUCCUCAAUAUACCUAUGGGAUGACCUCUGCCUAUCUUCCUGUGUGACUUUCACCAAGCAGGUGCAGAUGGCAGGAGACAGCAGCGCGCAGAUGUGUACAGAUGUUGUUGUUGUUUAUCAGUGUUGUCUCUGUUGUUGGGCCACUUUUGACAGUAUUGGAGUCUUUUGUUUAGGACAUUCACACUGAGUUACAGUUUUGGUGUGAAAAUACUGUCUUUUGUUUUGGACAUUCACAUUGAGUUAUAGUUUUGGUUUCAUUUUGCACCAAAAAGGCCCAUGUGACCAAAAUCUCCUCAUCAUGUGAGCGUGAGGGAAUGUAUGAAAGUGAUUCCUAUGCUUUUAGUUGGUCUUUGACAAUGUCUGAGUUGGUUCAUUUUGAUGCCCUUGAGGGAAAUAAAUUACUAAUUUCAUAA